GCACUAUGCUCAUGAUUUAUGCAAAUGAGUUUUCGUACGCCAUUUUAUAUUUGGAAGUUGUUGCAUUGACAUUUGAGUUUAUCAGACAUAGAAUAAGUCGGAUGAAUCGGAUAAGAGAACUUUUCUAGGAUAUAUUGAACAGAAUCGUAGGGCUGCCUUAAAAAUGGCAUCUACCGAAAGCAAGCUCCCUACCCACGAACGAAUCGUGAAAAGUGAGUUCCUUUUUUUGCAGUGUAAUAUUCACCUCCUUGGGUUUAUACUCAAAUUAUGUGCAGUCAAAUUAUUAACUAUCAUGCAUAAAUAUGUUAGAUCUAUGGAUUGCUGUAAAAUAAUUUUGAAGCAUCGAAAAAUUGCUAUUUAGAUGAAAAUUUAUUAAACGAUAGGGUAAAAGAAAGCGGGUAUUAAUCAUUUCGGCUCGAAUUGUUGAGCAGCUGUCAGUUUUUACGAUAGUUUAGUGCAGGUGAUAGAGAAGAGAGACUUUUAACAGCGUGAAGCAGCUAAACGUAUCGAUUGCCGCCUUUGUCUACUGCGUUCCGUUCCCACCAACUUACCGACUUACUAUGAACGAAGUUUAUGAUAGUCGAACGAACAAACCGAAACCCGAUGUGCUCAAACACCAUUUCGUUCUGGAAGGACGAGUGACCGAAGACGUUGCUCUUCGAAUUAUUAACGAGGGCGCCUCGCUGUUACGCAAUGAGAAGACGAUGAUAGACAUCGAUGCACCGGUUACGGUUUGUGGCGAUAUUCACGGGCAGUUCUACGAUUUGAUGAAACUAUUUGAAGUAGGCGGUCCACCACAAAGCACUAGGUACCUGUUUCUAGGAGAUUAUGUAGACCGAGGUUAUUUUAGUAUAGAGUGCGUUCUAUAUUUAUGGACAUUAAAGAUCAUCCAUCCGAACACGUUGUUCAUGCUUAGAGGCAAUCAUGAAUGUCGGCAUCUAACCGAAUACUUCACUUUCAAGCAAGAAUGCAAAAUCAAGUAUACUGAACGCGUAUACGACGCUUGCAUGGAGGCAUUUGACUGUUUGCCAUUGGCCGCUCUAAUGAAUCAGCAAUUUUUAUGCGUACAUGGCGGCUUAUCGCCCGAAAUUAAUAAAUUGGACGAUAUAAGAAAAUUGGAUAGGUUUAAAGAGCCGCCAGCUUAUGGCCCAAUGUGCGACUUGCUCUGGUCUGAUCCAUUGGAAGAUUUCGGAAACGAAAAGUCGGCCGAACACUUCUCACAUAACAGUGUGCGCGGUUGCUCGUACUUCUAUAGCUAUGCAGCUUGUUGUCACUUUCUGCAGGAAAAUAAUUUAUUGUCAAUAAUAAGGGCGCAUGAAGCCCAGGAUGCGGGCUAUAGGAUGUACCGCAAGAGUCAGACAACCGGUUUCCCUUCGCUCAUUACCAUAUUCUCGGCUCCCAAUUAUUUGGAUGUAUACAACAAUAAAGCUGCGAUUCUAAAAUAUGAGAACAAUGUGAUGAACAUCCGCCAGUUCAAUUGUUCGCCUCAUCCUUAUUGGUUACCAAAUUUCAUGGACGUUUUCACGUGGUCCUUACCUUUUGUGGGGGAGAAGGUCACCGAAAUGUUGGUAAAUGUUUUGAAUAUUUGUUCUGACGACGAGCUGAUUGAAGAUCAGGAUUUCGAUGGUGCGUAUAAUGUUAGACGCGUGUAUGCGAAAAUGCGGCGUUGUGCGUGUUUGUUAACACAUUUUUAUCGAUGUCUGAGUGAAAAAAACUUAAACAUAGACAUAGAUUAUAUACGAGAAGAAAUAAUGAGAACUAAGAUUUUUCAUGAAAUAAUUUAUAUACAACGUUCGUUAGAGCGAUUUAGCAAGGGCAGUAAAGGCGCUGCACGUGUCAGCAGUAUUGAGUUAGAAGAUCCAACAGGUAGAUGUAGAAUUUAAGAGUGCAAGAAUUACUUAAAGAAAAAAAGCUAAUAAGCUUAAGCAUGGUGGCAGUAGCAGUUGCGGUCGAUGUACGUACAGCACAAAUAUAUCGUCUCGUAUUCUGACUAUUCUGCAUGAUUGGUUGGCUUUUUACAGGAGCCAAGAAUGGUAAGUUGCAUGCAUAUAUUGUCGUUAACCUAUCGCUAUCUUCCACUUUCCUUAAAAUACUUGACCAAAAAUUUGACUAGAGCUAUGAGCGAUUCAUACCUUGUCAUAUGUCGCGUAAUUUGCUGCUACUGCCGAUCGCUGCCUAAUCGUGCAGCUUUUCUGUUUGUUUUUUUUUAAUUAAGUUUUUUUUUGACCAUUUCGCAUUCAUUUUUUUUUUUUACGUUUAUAGUUGAUAAAUUUAUAGCGUGGAGCUUUUUUUUUAAUCAUUACCUUCCCCCCUAUCAUUAUCGCACAAGCUAUAUAAAUUGUCUUUCUGGUGACAAUUUAAAUCGAUAUGCAUCUAGUAUGCCCUAGCUAUUUUUCUAAUUUUAUAUAUUAAAAUUGGCAUGACCAUUUGGGGUUAUUUCGAACCAACCUGAACGCUGCGCGCUUUUGAAUAUUCUGUUUAAAAGGACAGCUGAGUUGACAUUACAGAUUCUCAAGUUGUCGCCCGUAAGGAGAUCAUCCGUAACAAGAUUAGGGCAAUCGGGAAGAUGGCUAGAGUAUUCCAGGUUUUACGCGAGGAGAGCGAAAGCGUAUUACAGUUGAAAGGUCUGACGCCCAACGGUUUACUACCGAUUGGUGCGUUGUCGGGUGGUAAAGACACUCUAAAGUCGGCCUUAUCCGGUUUUUCGCCGAAUCAUAAGAUAUCCGGUUUUGAGGAAGCCAAGUUUUUGGAUAAGAUGAACGAACGCAUGCCGCCGAGACGUGAAGAUUCGUCUAAUAGCAGUAGUAAAGCUGGAACUAAAAGUCCGGCUCGAAAAUAACUGCGAAGCCUGCAUUAUUCAAGUUCUAGUCAGAGACGUGAAGAUCUGCCAAACACCGAUUGAUUUGGUGUGUGGCGCCCUAAGAACUGGUGCCUCAUUCUCUUUUAACUGCUUACGGCUGGAGUAUAGUAGUGAAUUCGAAAUCUUAUCUUUUCCUCUGAAAAAUAUUUAAAAUUUCCCGUUCUUCUCUCCCCUCUCUCCUCACUAUAAAACUGCAGGUUGUGAGCAGCAGCAGCAACAAUAAAUUAUGUAAGGAGUUUUCUUCAGUUUCCGUUUUGUUUCUUCUAAAUAUUUUUUUUUUAUAAUUUCGUUAAAUCGUAUAAAAGAAAAAAAACUUUUCGAGAUUUUUGAAUGUUGUGUUUGUAUGCGCGCGCGUCACGACGUAUGUUUGUCCACACUCAUUCUUUUGUGAUUUCUUUGCGAUAUGCAAAAAUGAAGCGACUUUUAAAACUUGUUUUUCUCGACCUUAUUCAUUAGCCUCUAUUUUUUUAUAUAUGUGUAUAUGUAAGAAAAUUAUAAAGCAGCUCUUAGUAAGACGCGGACGAAUUCUCUUCCAGACUAAUCCGUUUCGUCCUCGUAAUGAUUUUUUUUUUAAAUCUAAAUCUACAGUAUCUGUGUCGUCCUACAUUUAUUACUACAAAAAAAAACUUGCAUGUUAAUUUCGAUUCAGUCUUUUAAUGAUAAAAUGAUACUUUUUGUGCUAUUACAAAAUACUACAAAAAUAAAUUUUUAAAUUGUUAAAAUAAUAAUAUACUGAUCUUUUUCAAGGGUCAGACGGUUUACGGGUAUUCUUGACCCUAAUUAUGUAACUAAAAUUCCUUAUUAGUUAUAGAAUUUCUGGGUUAGAUUAACUUUGUUAGUUUAACGAUACAGAUAAGAAUUGCACUUAUCUCCAGACAAAUAAAAUUCUUGCCAUAGCCAGCAAUUAUGUCGAUCUUUUAUGAUUAAUGUGUAUUUUAUUCCUCUCGCUUGCCCUUAAUAACAAGUAAAGAAUAACUUAUUUAAUAUGUAUGAAGCAACUUUCUAAAAGGUUGUACGUUGAUGCUCUGCUGCAGUUGAAUAAAUUAAAAAAAAAAGGUGUAACGUUUGAAGCAUAUAUAAGUGUAUAAUUGAAUAUUUCAAUGACUAAAAACAGGCGAAUUUUCGAAAAUAAUUCUGACUAUAUAUUAAAAAUGAAAAUUAAUAAACGCACACAGACGAGUUCAAUUAGGCUUCUAAAACCUCAAUUAGAUUGAAACAAUUUGAUACUUUUCUGCAAUCAUUUCUGCCUAUUGUAUUCUUGAGUAUAAAACAUUUUCUCUACUGCAGUUUAUAAUUUUAGGUGCAAAAAUCUCAUACAAAUAAAAAUAACUUUCAUCAUUUGCAUCAGAAAUUUUGGGUACAGUGUGGAAAUUGUAUAAAAUACACAUUGCAGUAGAGUAUACCGUAUUAUCCUCAAUAUAUAUUACAAGUGGUUAAAUAGUCGCCUUGAAUAAGAAAUUCGAUCUCCAACUGCAAAAGAAAGCCUUAUAAAAUACCUAUGUAAAUAUUGUUUAGUAAUUAUAGAACGCAUCAUCACAUAUGGAAUAAAAAAUUAUAAAAUAUGAAAAUCGAUCAAACAAUAUACAUGUAUAUCGAUAAAUUUCGUAAUUCUUAAGAUAUGCC